AUGCCGUCCUCUUCAGCAAUCAACAGGUUACAAUCUCAUAUGGCCUCCAAUCGGAUUGUCAUUCUAUCACCGAAGGGAUCUGAACGUUCAAAGCUCGAGUUAAAUCUAGGCGAUGUCGGGACCAAAGACGAACUGCCAUAUCCAAGAGUGAGUAGAUCCCGCGGUGGACAAAUUAUCCGAGCCUCAACCGGAUCUUUGGUAAGAAAGUUGAGUUUGGCAUCAUUUACGCACCAUUUUCGAGACAGUCGAGGAUCCUGUCGCUCACCACUCGAAAAUCAUACGAUGCUUCUACUGAAAGCAGGCGAAGCAGGACCAAAGUCUCUGUACCAGUGUUUGAAGUCCGCAAAGAAAGCUUUGACGAGUGGACACCUGGCAAGGAGAAGUCGCAUAGGGAAUAAUGGGACGAAGAGGUUGUCAUUUUCACCAAGAGACAACAAUCCAGCGAGAACAGCAAAGAGCCAAAAGAGUGGUCAGGAGAGCAUCGCCGAAGGAGGACCCGAUGAUACUGCGGAGAUGUUCAACGGAGAAGAGAAGGAGGUGGCGGAAAAGCAAGAGAGUGUAGAAACACUGGUCGGCAGGAAGAAAUGA